CCAAUGGCGCGCGUCGUCAACGCCCCCCGCGAUCGCCAUCGUGCGCUCCGGGCGAUUUGCAAGGCGACGUUGGACGCAAUGGAGGCAGCGGUGCGCUCGUUCCUCCGCCUCGGCGGCGCCGUCGCCGUCGCCCUUCUCGCGGCGAUGAGCGUCGCGGCAGCCGUGGACCAGGUCCCCGUGCUGCUGUGGACCUCGGACGCCUCCCUGUGGGGUCCGGCGACAUCCCCUCACUCGGGUCACAUCGUGACGGCAAAGGAGCUGCACGGGUACCUGAAGCCAGCCCUGCAGAUGCCCGACAAAAACCUGGUGCUCUUUCUUCAGGACAAACUGAGCGUUGAUGACUUCACGCACUAUGGGAGAGCCGACGGAGAUAAUGCAUUUUCCAACAUUCAGAGAGCUCUGGCAUCGGCUCCGUCCUCCCUGGUGCUUCCGUCAGUCGACUGGCGCUCGGCCGGGGACCUUCCGGCGUUCUUACGUGACCGGCUCGCGGCCGGACGCAGUGUCCGGGAGCUGAGACUGGGGCGCUCGCCUUCGCAGGAGCCCAUCUUGGACCCCACGCGGCCCAACUUGCUGCUCGUCAACCUGCCUCGCACACGCAGCCCUGACGUGGCGUCGCCCAAAGAAGCCUUGGAGAGAAACGAUGAAAUCAUCAGAGAAGUCACCGAGCAACUGAACAAGAGCGGAUUUCCCUUUACUGCAAUUUACACAGCAUCAAGGCCUUCCCGGGUCAUCCGCGAGAUUUACCAGGCCGCUGCUGGCACCGGCAGGAAGCUGAUGCAGGCGGCAUCGUCGGCCUCAUCGGCGCUGUCACCGGCGGCGGUGGCCCUGUACCCGCCGGUGACGUUCAAGAACAAGACGAGCGACUGCAUAUUCAUGUGGGCAUCGCGCGUCAUGCUGCGCAUCGGCCAGGUCAGCUACGACGCCACGGAGGCCACGUUUAAUGGGCAGGUGGACACGAGUGCCUCGAGCUGCUCUCCCGACAACGCCACGCUGUCUUUGCAGUUCUCCAAGAGCAGGACCCCCACUCUGCCGGUCCAGAGAUUAACCAUCAGGUUCUCCAUGUCCAACCGCCUGUACCCGGUGUCGGCCGAGCGCUGGUUCACGCUCGACAAGGUGGCGGUCGCCUACGCCAACAGCAGCGCCGGUGCCGCCGGCGCCGAGUUCAACGUCAGCUCCGUGUACGCGCCGGCGAUAUAUUCGUACCGCUGCCAGGUCGUGAGCACCAGCCCCGACUCGGGCGCCCGCCUCGUGCCCGUGUCACCGAUCUCCGCGCACGUUCACGUGUCCCUCAAGGACUUCCAGAUCCAGGCCUUUAACGUGCGCGACGGGAAGUUCGCGUACGCGAGCGACUGCGCCUCCUUCUUCACGCCAGCCGUGUGGAUGGGUCUGGUGGUCGGCUUCAUCCUGCUGCUGGUGCUCACCUACGGCGUGCACAUGGUGCUGCAGCUCAAGACCAUGGACCGCUUCGACGACCCCAAGGGGCCCACCAUCUCUGUGCCACAGACCGACUGAACGAGGAAGACACGAGACAUCGGCAGCAGUAGGGGCUUCCCCCUUCCUUCUUCUCCGUUUCCUCUUAUUUCCUCCUCUUCACCGCACCCUCUUUGUUUAAAGCAGAGGUGGGGAAUCUAUAGUUGGAAAUGUUCUGUAAAGCUUACAAGGUUUAAACAAAGCAUCUUCGCGAUAGCCUUUCUGCUAUGAGAAUUGCGCAAAUACUAAGUUUUCCUGACGGAGAGCUAAAUUUGAUGUUCAAUAGCUCUGGCUGGCCACAUCCUAACACACAGAAAUGUCUGAGCACGCCAAAGUUGCUUGGUAGGUGUCAUGUGGCCGUGGCGUCAAGCGAAAUUAAGUCGCCGGCCCUAGGUUUCCCACCUCUGGCUCGUCGGCUUGUCAGCUUUCAGUGAGCUCCGUGUCGUGCCGUUGGGGCGUGGUGCAGGUUUUUCUGACUGCGCCGGAUCCUCGUUCCCAUGAUGCGCGCUAGAGAAUUGGUUACGUUAGUCACGUGCAAUGUUGUUACCUUCUCUCUACAGUCACACGCCGCCACCGCCAGGCUUUAUUUUUUAUUUCCCGCUUGCGAAGGUCGUAGCGGGGCAGCUCUGCCCGUGAGACGUGAGGGUUCCAAUUUGCGUCAUCCAUUCCUUUUGUAAAUGUACGUGAAUUCUGACUGUACAUCCCAUCUGGUUUUAAAAGGUAUACACAACCCAAAAACCAGGUCGCUUUAAUUCCCUGUUUGUACAUAACCUCGGCCUACGUGUCCAGGGUCAUCCGAUAGAAUGUGGAGUUUAAAGUCCACUCACGUUAUAGUGAAGCACGCUUGCCAUAGCGCACCAGUGACGUCGCUAUUUCACCACCUGGCUGCGGUCUUCCCACCUGUCUGGUUCCUCAGUAAUAGUGAGAUGCGAUUUGCAUGAACGACCACACUACAAAACCACACUGUUAUUUUUUAUUUACAUCGUGAUACUGACGUAUGAAACGCGUGGCAGAAAUGUAACUCGUGCACUGCUGUAAUGACGCACUUGACAGUGAUGUUAAAGUAUUUUUUUUCUGUUUACAAAACUUAAGACAUGUUGGACAGUCUGGGUGUGUUUCUGAAAAAAGUGCUUAAAGGUACCUGGUAUAGCAUAGAUUGGCUGCUAACAUGUAUUUAUUUCAAUUGUUAUUUAUUGUUAUAAUGGGGUCGUUUUCUGGCGUUAUUUUGUACGGCACUUGAAAUGCGACAGACCGAGUUGAGAACUGUGUACGAGUCUGGCGUCUGGGGUCACCAGAUGGAUUCUGUUUGACAAUUUUGCAUGAGCGUGUACCGUUGGACAAUGGUCGGUGAUGUCUGCAACAGUUUGCACAUCAACGCGAUCGCAGCUCGACUCCCAUAGAUUAGGCUCACACAGAGACCCACAAACUCGGGAGUUCCAUACACUCGCGUUAGACCUAUUCAUUCAGCAUUCUGCAUAAUCGCCAAGCCAUGCUGUAGCAUCCUCAGUGGCCACGUGUGGAUCUCUUGGAGACCUCCGCUGAACUUAGUCACAGCUGCUAUUUGGCUUAUUGUAAAGAUCUCAGUGGUGGAAGUUGGCUGUGCAGAGUCCUUGGCCUAUGUGGAACCUGUUCAGCAAGGCCCACUGACCGCGUGGCAGAUUAAAGCCAGCUGGACAGACUGACUCAUACAGGGACCCACACUACUAGAAUUCACUUUGCGCCAGUCACAAUUGGGCCAUGAUUCCACGAUUCCGCACUCGCGGAGGAAGAAGGCAGUUGUAGCUGCCGCAGUGCUGUCGCGACACGCGGGACCCAGGUGGCUUCUUUGUUGGAUCGACAGUAAUUGUCUCAUUAGGGACAUUGCAGCCUUUGCCACGUAUCCAUAACAGCCGUUUACAAUUUAGUGUUGUUUCCUGUACACCUUAUUAUUGCACACUCCGUGGUCGGUGCUGUGGGUGUACCUGUUUAGUGGUGUAAUGCAUGUCACAUUUCAGCAACGGUGUGCUAUGCCAAAAGCACCGGUUGCCCUGUGUUUAUUUUUUAAACCCCAUCCUCGUUCCUGUUGGGUGUGCGCCAAGCAAGGACAGACCCGGCGAGGGGAACUCACGCUAGGGCCCCCCUUACCCCCCCUGUGCACACUGCAGUCCAACGGUGCGACGUGCGAUGUACAGGCCCAACUCGGAGGUAGCAAAUGGAAUGGAUUCGUUCCCAGGCAAAUUAAUGGACACUGAGAGGCUGAAGACGGAUGCAGAGUUUGUUUUGCAAUCAAUUGCCCGGGCCCCGCCGUGGUCGUAACACCUUUUCACUUUUACCAAUUUUCACCUCCAUUAAAAGGCAGAAUAGGUGGUUACGUAAAACUCGUGACCUGACGAUUUCCGACUGUGCCCCACGUGACGUAGACCUUGUGUGUGCACGUACGAUGGAGAGAGUGCCGAUUCAUUUGAAUGUAUAGAAUAACGGUGGAUCACACCAGAUCUCUUAUCUCAGUUUAAUUUGGUACUCCUGCAUCAUUUUGGACACGCGGCCACCCCCCACACACGUGCAAAGACCGCCAUCUUAAUUUGAAUCGGUCCUGUGUGUCACACGUGCGACACGUGUACACACACGAGGUCUAUUUUCAGGGGAAACAGUUCUGGGUUGAGCAGUCAUCGGGCACGUGGAAAUGACAAUUGCAUGUGAACAGAGGUAAAUUAUGUGAAGGGGGCAGGAGCAGUGGUUGGUGCACUGCACUGCUAACCUAUGGGCCUAAAUAUGAUUCCUGGCCACGGCUCGCAAUGAGUGGCGAGUGAUACCUGAACUGGUCCUGGGUCCACCCCACUCCACUGACCGGUGUAGUUAAGUACAACGUGGUCAAACAACACCCAUGUUCCGCACAUUGUGGUGAGACCUUCACCCAGCCUUGGGUUGUGAUACACUCCUGAAGACGGAUUGAGUCGUGAGGAUUAGAGAUGGAGAAACUCUGUUGUUAAGAAGUUUAUUAUUAUUUACGUAAUAGAACGGAACGUGUCGGAGUGGGAGCUGUGAAGCGUUACCCAGCAAGAUCAGGAACGUUGGCGGUGGCUUGGGGAGGACUUCAUCCAGCAGUGGAUUGACCACGCUCGAUAAUAACAACACAGCCUUAUCAAUCCACUUGUCGCAGGUUAUUACCACGAGUCACACUCGUGCUGACUCUUCCCCUCCACGUGUCUGUCCUUGUGUUAUGUCACGAUGCAUUCCCCGUCGUUAUCGCUAUUCCAACAAGACUUGUGUGCAUGUACAAAUGAUUGCUGCCGUUCCUCUGUCUUUGUACGUCGCUGGCGCCGUGUUUGCAGAGCUGAAUGAUUGACGGUUGUUGAGCUGGCUUUGGGCACAGGAUGAACCGCGUUUUGAAAUCGAAUUACUUCAAAAUCAAAUAUACUUCUCGCUGCUCUCUAGGAUUUUAACAACCAAGCACUGUAAAUCUGUGGCAUGCGUGUGUGCGUGUGAGCAUUGUGGUAAACAGAUACAAGACUUGGGGAAGCUGUUACUCGUGGGUCAGUUUGACCCGAGUUUGUGGUGUAUUUAAGUAGUGAAUUUGACAACUAAAAUAAGUGUAAAACAUUACUAGUAUUUAACUGUUGUAGGUGAUUGUUGUGUGCGUGAGCAGUGGUUUACGUGCUAUUUAUUUGUUUCUUGUAUUGAAUUGCUUACAUCGAUAUUAACUAUUUAAAAACGUAUCUAUUUCAGUAUAAUCCCCCCCCUGGUCAAAUGUUCUGGAAGCUUUCCGAGCAACCACGCAGAGUUAUCCGCUGUCGGAUUAAACAUCCACCCCUUCUGAUUUGACCACCAAGUAAAAUCCUCUCCGGUGUGUUUUCGGAUUGUGCCGUGUAUUCGUUCGGCACGGUGUCCGAUGUUUCGCUCCACGUGCUGUGCAGUACUACCGCGAAUACCGAAGCAAAAGUCUGAAAUCAGUGUUGUGCAAUAAAAACAAACUUCGUUUCCA